ACUUACAGCAAGAGUUAUCUAGUGUAGUGACAACGAUGGGCUUUCCAAUGCGCACGACAUUUCUUGUGUGCGUAUGGCUUUUGGUGUGCCAGUCAAGCUGCGCAUACAGGCAGGACCAAGAAUCUGACGGCCGGCGAAGACGUCAACUGGACUUCGGCGAUGACUUCGACCCCAGCAUACGAAGAGGUCCAGUAGGCUCCAUUCCAGGCACGGUGGCUCUGACUGGCUUCAAUUUGGAAGAGGAAAACAAUGAAGGCUUCAUUCCCAUCUUCAAGCCGCAAGAUGGAGAUCGUAAACAAAAUAUACCCAUUAGAGCACUGUCAACGAAAACCAAUUACGUGUUCGUAAGUUCAACGGUUACGAACACGGUUUUCGAAGACUUGACGAGUAAUGUAUUCGCAGUACAACCAGGACCUCCUAAAACCGUAGUCUUCACCCAGUGUACGCACGUUCAGAAAGUCGGUGUACCCACUGUAGUGUACAGCACUGUACUCCUGCCAGCUUCUACAGUAACGUCGUUCGUUAGGAAAGAAAUAACCAUCACUGCUGAAUACACUCCCCUUACUACACAGGGUAGGACUCGCACGAGUUCAGUACACGAUACUUCUAGCAGUGGACCUGGAAUGACUAUGCAUUAUAACCAUCCCACUGGAUAUUAUUACGAUGUGCCCAAGAUCCCGUUCACGUUACCAAAGUUGAGAAGUGAGAACCAUUAAGUUCUUGGGACGUCUAGGCAUAGGUGCCUGGUUCUUAGGGUUUCAAAAAUGUAAUCUGUCCGUUAUAGACGUGUUGCAAGGUCAGUCGAGAUAGUUGAUUGUGUGAUUGUGAAACUUCUAUUGGAAUAAAUUCUGUUGGAAGCGGA